GGGGUCUUUCAUUGAUGCAAAUCUUGAGUUCCCUCUUUUGGGUUUUGCUUCUUAUUUUGUGUUCUCUGUAAAGAAAACUGAUGCUAAUAUUAAUAAAUAAAUAAAUGAUGGUAGUUGUUGAUGUGCUAUCUACGAUACAAAAAUGGUCUUUUUUAUUGAUAGUUUUAUUCAAGUUAACUUGGUUGUCAAAUGUGAAUCGAAUCUUUUUUUUUUUUUUUUUUGGAUUUAGGAUCUAUAAUGAGAUUAUUUGCCAAUAUUUUAGCAUGUUUGAGACCUAAUAAAAAAAAUAUAUAUUUAGUUGCCAAUAACUUUCUUGAUUAUUUAACACCUGAUUAAGAAAUGAAGAAUUUUCAGCUAAUUGUUUAAUCUUCAUUUGAUUUACUGUUUCAUUUUGGCCGAUUUUAUUGAUGCAUCGUUUCCGUCUCUUGAGUAUAUUUUAGUUCUCUAUCAUUUGAUUCAUGCUGUGAAGCUUUUUGAUUGUUUUACGCAAGCGACAAGGUGAUUCUCAUGGUUUGCUCUGUUGUUGUUUGUUGAUCUGGCAGCUUAUACUGGUCAAGGUCCAGGGUUCGGAAUUUUUAUUUUUUUUUGAGGAAAAUCCCUAUCGUAGUAUACAAGGGGAUAUUGUUUAUUGUUCAACACCAAUUUGUUGUUUUUGUCGAGUGAGCAAGCACAAGUUGGGAUGUGAAGAUCACUCACCGGAACCCAUGAUAAGGUCUUUCAAUGGGGUCCCUAAACGUGGAGAAGAAAUGGGGUUUCCCUCUUGUCAUAAGCUCUCUCAUAUGUCUAUUCCUUUUAGCAACUUGUUUCAACAUGGGUCUUGUUUCUUCACUGCAUACAAUCAAUCAAAUCUUCAACAUUUUCCCAUUUCGAACCAACCAGACAACUCAAGGUUACGCUGAAAAAAAAGUCUCCCUAUCUCCUUCCCCUCCUCUCCCUUCCAAGAUCCCUCGAUUUGCUUAUCUAGUUUCUGGGUCUAAAGGUGAUUUGGAAAAGCUCUGGAGAACUCUUCAUUCGCUUUACCAUCCCCGGAACGAAUAUGUUGUUCAUCUGGACCUUGAGUCCUCUGCAGAGGAAAGAUUGGAGCUUGCAUCGCGAGUGGAAAAGCAUCCGAUUUUCUCAAAGGUUGGAAAUGUUUAUAUGAUCAGCAAAGCCAAUAUGGUUACCUAUAGAGGACCCUCCAUGGUUUCUAAUACACUUCAUGCUUGUGCAAUUCUUCUCAAAAGGAGCAAAGAUUGGGAUUGGUUUAUCAAUCUCAGUGCUUCUGAUUAUCCUCUUGUUACUCAAGACGAUCUUAUUCACACAUUUUCAACUGUAAACCGAAAUCUAAACUUUAUUGAGCACACAAGUCAGCUGGGCUGGAAAGCGGAGAAACGAGCAAUGCCUUUGAUUGUGGACCCUGGUCUUUACUCGACAGCUAAAGCAGAUAUUUACGGGGCCACGCCACAGAGAUCUUUGCCAACAGCAUUUAAAUUAUUCACCGGUUCAGCAUGGAUGGUUCUCACACGGUCAUUUGUUGAAUACUUAAUUUGGGGUUGGGAUAAUCUACCACGAACCUUGUUGAUGUACUACACAAACUUUGUUUCCUCACCUGAAGGAUACUUUCACACAGUAAUAUGCAAUGUACCAGAGUUUGCUCAAACUGCAGUCAGCCAUGACUUGCACUACAUUGCUUGGGACAAUCCUCCCAAGCAGCAUCCUCACACCCUCACCAUCAAUGACACAAACGAGAUGAUUGCGAGUGGUGCUGCCUUUGCCAGAAAAUUCAAAGGAGACGAUCCUGUCUUGGAUAAGAUUGACAAGGAUUUACUUCACCGGAAGAAUGGGAGCUUCACUCCGGGUGGAUGGUGCUCUGGUAGUCCCAAAUGUUCUGAGGUCGGGAACCUGGACAAUAUUAAACCAGGCCCUGGAGCUAGCAGACUGAAACGCCUCAUAUCUAGGGUAGCUUUGUUUACAACGCUUAAACAAAACCAAUGUAAAUAGAUUUCCCAAGAGUCUCUUGCUUGCAGGUGGAAAAGGAUUCAACUUCAUUCUACAUGCCACAAAACAGCUUAUAAAAAAAUUGUUUGAGAAAAGAACCUUGAUGCUGAAGUUGCACCCAAGGCCUCAUUCUUUGCUAGAAUCUAAGUUAGGGAAGUUUUUCAUUACAAACUUGGUGCGGUGGUCAGGAUCUAUUUUUGCACAUUGCCUUUCUUUAACCUGUACUCUCUCAGACCUAUUAUACUACACGUCUCGGAAAUUUUCCUGAGUA